AUGGCGGCCCGGCCCCCUUCCGCCUUUAGGGAGGCUGCAGUGGGUGACCCUACAAUAACAAACCGAGCAGGACCCUGCAGGGACCCCACUAACGACCCUACGCUGACAUGGACCCACGUCCGACGACCCUACAAUAACAACCCGCCACGGACCCACGUCCGACGACCCUACAAUAACAACCCGCCACGGACCCACGUCCGACGACCCUACAAUAACAAUCCGCCACGGACGCACGUCCGACAACCCUACAAUAACAACCCGGCCCGGACCCACGUCCGACAACCCUACGAUAACAAUCACCACGGACCCACGUCCGACGACCCUACAAUAACAAUCCGGCACGGACCCACGUCCGACGACCCUACAAUAACAAUCCGGCACGGACCCACGUCCGACAACCCUACAAUAACAACCCGGCACGGACCCACGUCCGACAACCCUACAAUAACAACCCGCCACGGACCCACGUCCGACGACCCUACAAUAACAAUCCGGCACGGACCCACGUCCGACAACCCUACAAUAACAACCCGCCACGGACCCACGUCCGACGACCCUACAAUAACAACCCGGCACGGACCCACGUCCGACGACCCUACAAUAACAACCCGGCACGGACCCACGUCCGAACGACCCUACAAUAACCAAUCCGCCCACGGACGCACGUCCGACAACCCUACAAUAACAAUCCGCCACGGACCCACGUCAGACGACCCUACAAUAACAACCCGCCACGGACCCACGUCCGACGACCCUACAAUAACAACCCGCCACGGACCCACGUCCGACGACCCCUACAAUAACAACGUGGUAUGGGCCCACACUGACCCCCCCUACAAUAACAACCCAGUCCUUCGGAAAAGGGAUUUCAUCCAGAGGGGUCAUGUCUCCCCACCUGCCGUGAGAUGCUUUUCCCCAUGGGGGACGGGUCGUGGCAGUGAAAUCAGCUCUGGUUUGGCAGAGCCGGCGUUUUCCCCUGCUCCCAGACGGGGCAGGGCCGGGCUCCCACUCAUCUCCUGGCUCCUGCCCGCCGGCCAUCGCGCCGCCGACUUGUCCGUGCUUGCCGGGCGGGAGGGCGGCGGCGCGCAUGGUUCUCCUCCUCCUCCUCCUCAAGGUCGGGCUGUGGGACCGAGCCCUGUCCCGCGGGGGACGCUGGCAGCUGGGCUGCGAAAUCCGGCCCAGCCCCGCGGGGGCGGCUGGGGUGGGACGGCAAGCACAGGUUCGGCGGGCGACCCGGUUGAUGGACCCAGCAGAAGCCAAAUGGAAGAAGGGCCAAUUAGUUAUGUCGAAGAAAGGCGGUUGAACGAGGGCAGCGGGCUCAGCCUGGUGAAUGGGGGCCGGCCGGAGGUGGGGGGCACCGCACUGAUGGAGCCGAGCGGCUGGUCGCCGGGCCAGCCGCCUGCCGCUGGUAAAGCCCACUUGGAAGACGUCAGAAACCUGGUGGCCUUUUCGGCGGUGGCCGAAGCCGUUUCCUCCUACCGGCUACCACCCCCGGGUUCGCCGUCGCUGCUGUACGAGAAGUUCGACUCAGAGAUGAGCCAGGGCGGGCUGAACGCGACAGACGGCGUGCCGCGGGGAGAGGAUCUGCAUGCCCUCAAGGCCGCCCUGGCUUUGGCCAAGCAUGGUGUGAAGCCCCCCAACUGCAACUGCGAUGGCCCCGAGUGCCCCGACUACCUGGAAUGGCUGGAGCAGAAGAUCAAGACGGCUCUCGGUGAAGAGCCGGCAUCACCGCGGCCCCGUGCUGCUGCCACCAACCCCCCGCCGGCCCCCCAGGAAGGUGCUAUUGACCCCCAGCCGGUGCCUGAGACCGUCGAGCCGUGCCCACCCGACGGCCUCCCCUUUUCCCAAAGCGCGUUGACCAUCGCCAAGGAGAAGAACAUCAGCCUGCAGACCGCCAUAGCCAUUGAAGCCCUGACUCAGCUCUCGGCCGCUCUCCCCCAGCCUGCUGGCGACGGCCAGCCCCCGCCGCCCCCACCACCCCCCGCUGCACCCUUCGGCCCCGGCCCCCUCGCCCCGCCGGGGGCCGCAUGGCAGCGGGGGGACGAGCCCCGUUAUCCGCCGGAGCCGGGAGCAGCACCGGAGCCGUUUUUUGGUGCAGCACCUCCCCGGGGAGGCUUUGCAGCGGCGUGGGGGCUGGAAGCCGAGGGGGCGGCGGGGGCUGGAGACCCCAUGGCAGAGCUGGAGCAGCUGCUGGGUAAUGCUGACGACUAUAUCAAGGCGGCUUUCAAGAGACCCGAAGCGACGGCUGGCAAAGUGACCGUGCCUAAAAUGGAGCCCCCCGAACGAGCGCCUGGCAAGGAUGCACCGGGCGGCCCUCGUUUGCCGCCGGCACUGCCGGAGCCCGACCUGCACAAGAAGACGCAGCUGGUCCUGCAGCAGCAUCUCCACCACAAGCGCAGCCUCUUCCUCGAGCAAAGCCUGGCAGCGGCGGCAGCACCCCCCGAUCGGCCGAGUGGCUGGUGGGCUCCCGGCACCCCGGCCGUGCCCCCCAAGCCCUUCGAAAAGCAGGCCAAAGAGAAGAAGAAGAAAACGCUGCCCGAAAAGCCCCCCCCGGCCAAACCGCUCCGUAAACAAGUGCAGAUCAAGAAGGCGAAACAGAAGGACUCGCAGCCACUCUUCCUGCCCCUCUGGCAAAUCAGCCUGGAGGGGUUUCGGGCGCCCGCCGAACCCCCCGCCGAAGAGAUGCAAACCGAACCGCCGCCGCCACCUGCCUUCCCGCUCCAGCCUCUUGCACUACCCCUGCCCGCCGCUUGCCCCCCGCCGCUGAACCCCCUCAACGGCGGCCCCCCGGCUCCCGACUCUCAGGAAAGGGGUGCCCCCGGGGGGGGCCCCCAAAUUCACCCGGUGCCGGCGGGCUCGACCGGCUCAGAGGAAGCACCGGCUGCGCCCCCGCCAGCCGCCCCGACCCCCAUUGUGGUGGAUGACAAGCUUGAAGAGCUCAUCCGGCAAUUUGAAGCUGAAUUCGGGGAGAAUUUCAACCUGCAGCCCCCCGAGACGCCUGCCCCGCUCGCCCCUGGGGCUUCCGAGCUGCCGGGGGGGCUGGCGCCAGCCCCACAAGUGCCCCCCACCGCCGCCGCCGCUGCCCCGGCUUCGAGCAGCGCUCCCCAAGCUGGACCCAAAAGCUUUUCAUUCUCGCCGGGGAAGGGGUCAGUUUCGGAGCCCCCCUUCACCGCCCGGUCCCCCAAACAGAUCAAAAUCGAGUCUUCUGGUGCUAUCACCGUGGUGUCUACCACGUGCUUUUACUCUGAGGAAAGCCAAAACCCGGACGCAGAUGAUGCCGACGGGACGCCCACCAAGGAUGAGGUGCCGCUGACGCCGACCCUGAGCGGCUUUUUGGAGUCGCCACUGAAAUACCUGGACACGCCAACCAAAAGCCUCCUGGACACGCCGGCCAAGCGGGCGCAAGCGGAGUUCCCCACCUGCGACUGCGUUGAACAAAUCGUGGAGAAGGACGAGGGGCCGUAUUACACCCACCUGGGCUCAGGGCCCACCGUGGCAUCCAUCAGGGAGCUCAUGGAGGAACGGUACGGCGAGAAGGGCAAGGCCAUCCGCAUCGAGAAGGUCAUCUACACAGGGAAGGAGGGGAAGAGCUCCCGGGGCUGCCCCAUCGCCAAGUGGGUGAUCCGGAGACACAACCAAGAGGAGAAGCUGCUGUGCCUGGUGCGGCACCGGGCCGGCCACCACUGCCAGAACGCUGUCAUCAUCAUCCUGAUCCUGGCCUGGGAGGGCAUCCCCCGCACGCUGGGCGACACGCUGUACCAGGAGCUCACCGACACCCUCACCAAGUACGGCAACCCCACCAGCCGCCGUUGCGGCUUGAACGACGACCGGACCUGCGCGUGCCAAGGCAAGGACCCCAACACCUGCGGCGCUUCCUUCUCCUUCGGCUGCUCUUGGAGCAUGUAUUUUAAUGGCUGCAAAUACGCCCGGAGCAAAACUCCCCGCAAGUUCAGGCUGGUGGGGGACAAUCCCAAAGAGGAAGAGCUGCUCCGGAAAAGCUUUCAGGACUUGGCCACCGAGGUUGCUCCGCUUUACAAGAGGCUGGCGCCGCAAGCCUACCAAAACCAGGUUACCAACGAGGACGUAGCGAUAGACUGCCGGCUGGGCUUGAAGGAGGGGAGGCCAUUCUCAGGAGUGACGGCGUGCAUGGACUUCUGCGCUCACGCUCACAAAGACCAGCAUAACCUCUACAACGGCUGCACGGUGGUCUGCACGCUGACAAAGGAAGACAAUCGCGUGGUGGGGAAAAUCCCUGAAGAUGAGCAACUGCACGUCCUCCCCCUCUACAAGAUGUCCAGCACGGAUGAGUUUGGCAGCGAGGAGAACCAAAACGCCAAGGUGGGCAGCGGGGCCAUCCAGGUGCUCACGUCCUUCCCCCGCGAGGUCCGCAAGCUGCCUGAGCCCGCCAAGUCCUGCCGGCAGAGGCAGCUGGAAGCAAAGAAAGCCGCCGCAGAGAAGAAGAAGCUGCAGAAAGAGAAGCUGAUGACGCCGGAGAAGAUCAAGCAGGAAGCGCUCGAGCUCCCCCCGCUCCAGCAAAACGCAGGUAUGGCAUUGAAGAGCGGGCUGCCCCCGCAGCCGCUGAAACCUUCCAUCAAGGUGGAGCCGCAGAGCCAUUACAACGCCUUCAAGUACAACGGCAACGCGGUGGUGGAGAGCUACUCGGUGCUGGGCAGCUGCCGGCCCUCCGACCCGUACAGCAUGAACAGUGUUUACUCUUACCAUUCCUACUAUGCACAGCCCAAUCUGCCUUCCGUGAACGGGUUUCACUCCAAGUUCGCGCUUCCCUCCUUCGGGUAUUACGGCUUUUCCAACAACCACGUGUUCCCCUCGCAGUUUCUGAAUUAUGGGGCACCUGAGAGGAGCGGGAGCAGCUGGGUGAGCAACGGCUACGAGAAGAAGCCCGAUGUCCCGGCGUUGCAGGAGAACCUCAACCAUGCCUAUGGGAAUGCCGAUUUCCCCGAGCCCAUCCCACACAGCGUCCGGAGCAAAAACCAUCACCAGCGCACCUAUGAGCGGGCUAACCGCUACGCCAGCCAGCAGAAAGCGGCGGCGGCGGCGGCAGCAGCCGGGGUGCACAGGACUAGCUCGGGCUCGGAGGAAGCGCCGCCGUUUGCACAGAACUGUUUCGGCAGCCGGCCCAUCAAGCAGGAGCCUCCGGACCCUCCGCCUGCCAUCGAGCCCCUUCCCGGCGCAGCGGCCAUGCCCAGCGCUGGCUUAGCCCUGCCAGCUAUCCCGACGCGCGGCGGGGGGCCGGAGCAGCGGUGGAGCCCCUUCAAAGCAUCCCGGGGCACGUCUUCCCCUGAGAGGACUAGCACGGCGGAGGGCUCGUGGAGCGCCCUGGCGCCGGGCUUGGGCGGGCGGGAGAAGCCAAGCGCCUUCGACGUGGCUGCGCGCUUGCCGCCGCCGGAGAAGCAGUGGCCCAACGUCCUGGCAGGAGAGGCGGCGGUGGCGCGCAGCUCGGGCUUGCUGCCGAAGCCGUGGAGCCCCUGCAAGCUCGGGGAGGCAGCGCUGGCUGGCACGGGCACCUCGAGCCUGCUGGGGCCACUGGGUUUCGGCUCGGCCCUGCCGGGGCUGCCCAGCUUCCCUGAGGAGCCGUGGGGCUCAGUGAAGGUGGAGGAGCGGAGGACGCCGGCGCCCAGCCCGGGGCUGCCAGAGAAACCAUGGGAGGCGGCGGUGGGUGAGAAGGGGGUGGCGGGGCCCUGCCGGGAGAAGCCGUGGGAUCCCUUCGGCCUGGAGGAGGAUCUGCCAGAGAAGGCAGUGAAGGAGGAGGAGGAGGAGGAGGAAGAGGAGGAGGAAGAAGAGGAGGAGGAGUGGUCGGACAGCGAGCACAACUUCCUGGAUGAGAACAUCGGCGGGGUGGCCGUGGCGCCUGCUCACGGCUCCAUCCUCAUCGAGUGCGCCCGCCGUGAGCUCCACGCCACCACCCCGCUGAAGAAACCCAACCGCUGCCACCCCACCCGCAUCUCCCUGGUCUUCUACCAACACAAGAACUUGAACCAGCCCAACCACGGCCUGGCGCUGUGGGAGGCCAAGAUGAAGCAGCUGGCGGAGCGGGCUCGGGCCCGGCAAGAGGAAGCGGCACGCCUGGGUCUCCCGCCGGACGCCAAAGCUUUCGCCAAGAAACGCAAGUGGGGCGGCGCGUUGGCGACCGAGGCACCCAGCAAGGAGAGGAGGGACUCGGUCCCCACACGGCAGGCGGUGGCCAUCCCCACCAACUCCGCCAUCACUGUGUCCUCCUAUGCCUACACCAAGGUGACGGGCCCCUACAGCCGCUGGAUCUGA